GCUCAGUCAGUCAGGACGAGUUUGAUGGUUCUUCUCUGCCCCGGGUUGGUGACUGAGCGGGGGCGGAAAAAGUGACUGGAAAGCGGGCUUCAAGGCGAAGGCUGGAAGUUUAACCUUCUUUUUUUCUCGGAUAAAGCAGUCGCCAUGCCGGUGUUCCACACGAAGACGAUAGAAAGUAUCCUGGAGCCGGUGGCCCAGCAGAUAUCCCAUUUAGUGAUCAUGCAUGAGGAGGGCGAAGUGGACGGCAAGGCUAUCCCAGACUUGACGGCACCGGUGGCGGCCGUACAGGCAGCUGUGAGCAACCUGGUCCGGGUGGGGAAGGACACGGUCCAAACCACGGAGGAUCAGAUCAUGAAAAGGGACAUGCCACCAGCGUUCAUCAAAGUGGAGAACGCGUGCACGAAGCUGGUCAAAGCCGCGUCCAUGCUGAACGCCGACCCGUACUCGGUACCUGCUCGAGACUACCUCAUUGAUGGCUCUCGGGGGAUCCUCUCUGGGACUUCAGACCUUCUCCUGACCUUUGACGAGGCAGAGGUCCGCAAAAUAAUUCGAGUCUGCAAAGGCAUCCUGGACUACCUGACUGUUGCAGAGGUGGUGGAGUCCAUGGAGGACCUGAUCACGUACACAAAGAACCUCGGACCAGGUAUGACCAAGAUGGCCAAGAUGAUCGACGAGCGACAACAGGAACUGACUCACCAGGAGCACCGCGUCAUGCUGGUCAACUCCAUGAACACAGUCAAGGAGCUGCUGCCCAUACUCAUCUCAGGUAUCAAAAUCUUUGUGACCACAAAGACAUCUGGCAGCCAGGGCGUGGAGGAGGCCUUGAAGAACCGCAACUUCACCUUCGAGAAGAUGAGCGCUGAGAUCAACGAGAUUAUUCGAGUGCUGCAGCUCACAUCCUGGGACGAGGAUGCUUGGGCCUACAAGGACACAGAAGCCAUGAAACGAGCUCUGGACCUCAUUGAUUCAAAGAUGGCUCAGGCGAAGAACUGGCUCCGGGAUCCGAAUGCCCCCCCAGGGGACGCUGGCGAACAGGCCAUCCGACAGAUCCUCGACGAAGCCGGUAAAGUCGGGGAACUGUGCGCCGGUCGGGAACGUCGAGAUAUCUUAGCCACGGCUAAGACUUUAAGUCACAUGACCGACCAGGUGUCGGAAAUGAGGGCCAGAGGUCAAGGGGCGUCGCCGGCCGCCAUGCAGAAAGCCCAACAGGUUUCCCAAGGUCUCGACGUUCUCGCCGGAAAGGUGGAAAAUGCUGCUCGGAAGCUGGAAGCCAUGACUAACUCCAAGCAGGCCAUCGCUAAAAGAAUCGACACCGCCCAAAACUGGCUGGCUGAUCCCAACGCAGGUCCAGAAGGAGAAGACAACAUAAAGGCUCUUUUAAUGGAGGCUAAGAAGAUCGCCGACAUGUGCGAGGACCCCAAAGAACGAGAUGACAUCCUGCGGUCGAUUGCCGAGAUAGCAGCCAUGACCGCCAAGUUGUCUGACCUCAGAAGACAGGGCAAAGGCGACACCCCCGAAGCUAGAACGUUAGCGAAACAGAUCGCCACAGCUCUGCAGAACCUGCAGUCCAAGACCAACAAAGCGGUAGCCAACAGCAGGCCCGCCAAAGCAGACGUUCACUUAGAAGGGAAAAUCGAACAGGCUCAGCGAUGGAUCGACAAUCCCAAUAUGGACGACAACGGCGUCGGCCAGGCAGCCAUUCGUGGGCUGGUGGCUGAAGGCCGCAGGUUGGCGAACGCCCUCCCGGGUCCGUAUAGGCAGGAGCUUUUGGGAAAAUGUGAGCAGGUGGAGCAGCUUAUGGCGCAACUGGCGGACUUGGCCGCUCGAGGUGAGGGCGACUCCCCUCAGGCUCGUGCCGUGGCUCAUCAGCUACAGGAAGCCUUGAAGGACCUUAAAGGGAAAAUGCAAGAAGCGAUGACUCAGGAAGUUUCCGACAUCUUCAGUGACACCACCACCCCCAUCAAGCUGCUGGCGGUGGCCGCCACCGCCCCCCUGGACACGCCCAACCGGGAUGAGGUUUUUGAGGAGCGAGCCGCCAAUUUUUUGAACCACGCCAACAGGCUCGGCGCCACCGCGGAGAAGGCGGCCGCCGUGGGAACUGCCAACAAAAGCACGGUGGAGGGAAUCCAGGCGGCCGUAAAGUCGACGAGAGACUUGACGCCACAGGUGGUUUCCGCCGCUCGAAUCCUCCUGAGAAACCCCGGCAACCAGCCUGCUUACGAACACUUCGAGACCAUGAAGAAUCAGUGGAUUGACAACGUGGAGAAAAUGACAGGUCUGGUGGACGAAGCCAUCGAUACCAAGUCCCUACUGGAUGCCUCUGAGGAAGCCAUCAAGAAGGACCUGGACAAAUGCCGCGUGGCCAUGGCCAACCACCAGCCCCAGAUGUUGGUCGCCGGCGCCACCAGCAUCGCCCGCCGUGCCAACCGUAUCCUCCUCGUGGCCAAGCGCGAGGUGGAGAACUCCGAGGAUCCCAAAUUCAGGGAGGUGGUGAAGGCCGCGUCGGAUGAGUUGAGCCAAACGAUCUCGCCGAUGGUGAUGGACGCCAAAGCCGUGGCCGGGAAUAUUCAGGAUCCAAAUCUUCAAAAGGGUUUUCUGGAUUCUGGGUACAAGAUUCUUGGUGCUGUCGCUAAAGUAAGGGAGGCCUUCCAGCCUCAGGAACCAGACUUCCCACCACCUCCUCCUGAUUUAGACCAACUUAACCUUAACGACGAACCAGCACCCCCCAAACCUCCUCUUCCGGAAGGCGAGGUUCCUCCCCCCAGACCUCCUCCCCCAGAGGAGAAAGACGAGGAGUUCCCUGAGCAGAAGGCUGGCGACAUGGUCAACGAGCCCAUGAUGGUGGCCGCCCGGCAGCUCCACGACGAGGCCCGCAAGUGGUCCAGCAAGGGUAAUGACAUCAUCGGGGCGGCCAAACGCAUGGCUUUGCUCAUGGCCGAAAUGUCCCGAUUGGUGCGUGGCGGCAGCGGGAACAAACGCGCCCUCAUCCAAUGCGCCAAGGAUAUUGCCAAGGCUUCUGAUGAGGUCACGCGGCUGGCGAAGGAGGUGGCCAAGCAGUGCACGGACAAGCGGAUCCGGACAAACCUCCUCCAGGUAUGCGAGCGCAUUCCCACCAUCAGCACCCAGCUGAAGAUCCUGUCCACGGUCAAGGCCACCAUGUUGGGUCGCACCAACAUCAGCGAAGAAGAGUCGGAACAGGCGACCGAGAUGCUCGUCCACAACGCCCAGAACCUCAUGCAAUCCGUGAAGGAGACGGUCAGGGAAGCCGAAGCGGCGUCCAUCAAGAUCCGUACCGACGCAGGUUUCACUCUCCACUGGGUGCGGAAGACGCCGUGGUAUCAGUAAAAAAAACCAGGACCAAGCGCUUUCUCUACGUCUGUCCUCAUGGCGGACACUGAACGGACAGAUGUUGAGUCUCACAUCUUGGAAGGGUUGCUGGUUUUGUGUGGGAUCCUUACUAGGAAUGUGUGUAAAAAAAAAUGUGAUUUUUUUUUUUGGAAAAUCCUGGGAAUAUACAGUAUAUAUAUUUGGAUUAAAGCUUGGAUUUAUUAUAGUUUUUAGUUCACAUUCAGUUACUGACAUUUGGACAAGACCAUUUUAGACACACACUAGUUUUUUUUUGUCAUACUUAAAUCUCACACAAAUUUAAAUAUUAGUCAAAAACAACACAACUGAUAAAAAAUGCAUUUUUUUAAUAAUAAUAAUAAAAAAGUUUCAUUUAAAAACUGAUUUUUUUUUGUUCAGUUGUGUUGUCAUUGACUAAUAUUUAAAAAAAAUUAAGCGUAGGGAAAAAAAAAAGUAAUAAAGGGGGCAAACACUUUUUCACACAGUACAUAAUACCACUGUAGACUUAAACAUGACUUAAAGAUGAGACCGCUGUAAAAAAACCAUAAUAUAUGCAAUAUAUGAUACACAAUAGUCCACAAGACUAGUGUAGACCCACACAAGACUAAUACAGACAAGACAAGAUCGUAAACCGUCACAAGACUUCUAGACGAGUCCGUUGUAGACUGACACAAGGCUAUUUAUAAGCGAGACUAUUUUAGACCUACACCGGACUUGUAGACAGGACUAUUAUAGUCUGACACAAAACUGCUAUAGACAAGACUAUAGUGAACCUACACAAGACUAUUGUAGACCUGCACAAGACUAUUAUAGACCUGCGCAAAACUAUUAUAGAUGGCAAGAUUUAUAGAUAAGAAUAUUGUAGACCUACACAAGACAAUUAUAGACCUGCGCAAAACUAUUAUAGAUGACAAGAUUUAUAGAUAAGACUAUUGUAGACCUACACAAGACAAUUAUAGACCUGCACAAAACUAUUCUACAUGACAAGAUUUAUAGAUAAGACUAUUGUAGACCUACACAAAACUAUUAUAGACCUGCACAAAACUAUUAUAGAUGGCAAGAUUUAUAGACAAGACAAUUGUAGACCUGUACAAGACUAUUAUAGACGGCAAGACUAUUGUAGACCUGUACAAGACUAUUAUAGACGGCAAGACUAUUGUAGACCUACACAAAACAAUUAUAGACCUGCACAAGACUAUUAUAGAUGACAAGAUUUAUAGAUAAGACUAUUGUAGACCUACCAAGACAAUUAUAGACCUGCGCAAAACUAUUCUACAUGACAAGAUUUAUAGAUAAGACUAUUGUAGACCUACACAAGACAAUUUUAGACCUGCACAAAACUAUUCUAGAUGACAAGAUUUAUAGAUAAGACUAUUGUAGACCUACACAAGACUAUUGUAGACCUAAACAAGACAAUUGUAGACCUGCACAAAACAUUCUAGAUGACAAGAUUUAUAGACAAGAGUAUUGUAGACCUACACAAGACAAUUAUAGACCUGCGCAAGACUAUUAUAGAUGGCAAGUUUUAUAGACAAGACAAUUGUAGACCUGUACAAGACUAUUAUAGACGGCAAGACUAUUAUAGAUGGCAAGAUUUAUAGACAAGACAAUUGUAGACCUGUACAAGACUAUUAUAGACUGCAAGACUAUUGUAGACCUACACAAGACAAUUGUAGACCUACACAAGACUAUUAUAGACGAGACCAUUAUAGACCAACACAAGACUAUUAUAGAUUAAAUGAUUUAUGGACAAGACAAUUGUAGACCUGCACAAGACUAUUCCAGACCAGACAAUUGUAGACCUGCACAAGACUAUUCUAGACCAGACCAUUUUAGACUUACACAAGCCAAUUGUAGACCUGCCAAAACUGUUCUAGACAUGACUAUUGUAGACCUACAGUACAUAAGAAAAUUGUAGUCCUGCACAAGACCAUUAUAGCCAAGACUUCGAGAGUCUAGUCCUCCACAAGCACAUUGUAGACCUGCACAAGACUAUACUAGACCAACACUCGCUUCUGUCCGGUGACACUACUCUGUAUUAAAUAUAAACACUGUUCUGUUGGUUACAUUGUGGUGCAAUUUGACCUCAUUUCUGUUGCCAAAGACUUGUUUUGUUUUUUUGCUGUGACGUUAGACAAAUAACGACAGUAGAGAGACAGUUCUGAGAUUAAAAUCUGCCUUUUUCGACAAAGCAAAAAUAAAAAUGUUACCGACACAAAAAACAAAAAUCGCACAACCAGUGUGCCUUUGCAAUAGAAUUUUUUUAUUUUUUUUUGUCUUUGCACAAGCAAAAUAAAUAAAGUUUCACCUGCCUCGCUAUGCAAAUAAUGUAGUCAGAGAUCAUACUAAAGUGAAGAUGCACCCCCAUGUUUACUAUAUUGUAAUAAAGCAUUUUAUAGCACUUGAA